AUGCCAUUUCUACUACUCGUCCAUUUCGCCACGCACAUGUCGGCCGUCUCUGAUGCAGACAUUGACGAAUGCCAGCAACCGGAUCACGGCUGCAAAUUCUACUGCGAGAACCUGCCCGGCGGCUAUCGUUGCGCAUGCCCGGCCAACAUGAUGCUCGACUCGGACCAAGUGUCAUGUAUUCCAUGUGAGUGUUUCUGUGGAAGUAUUUCACUCAGCCUCUCAGACAGUGCUGCCUUCGUGGUGCAUUUUGAGAGUUCACUUCUGCGCGAGGCUGAGGCAGGACUUGUCACCUUCUCGUUGGUCCGCUCUCCUUCACUCGCCGCCCCAAAGUCAUACCUCCUUUUAGCCGACUUCACAUCGGCGCGCUCAUGCUGGCGCCAGGCAAUAUCACGUUGGUGCAAGUCUUGUCAGGAUCAUAGGAAGACUUGUACUGCCACCACUUCUCAGGACAACCAACCAACACAGACGACGCGAGAGCACAAUACAGAUUACGUCAAAUCGGCACUAAAU